GACGGCCGACUCUGGAUAUCUUUUUCACCUGGGAAAAUCAUAUCGAAUUCCACAUCGACGGCCGCUUGACAGGGCCAAGAUGUCCAGUGAGGUGCAGAGGCCAGAUGACAGUCCCAGCACUAGUGGAGGGAGCUCGGAUAUAGAACAGAGGGAGACGGCACCGCCGGAGCAGGAGCGUGAGCAGGCCCAGCCAAAGAAGAAAGAGACCAAGAUCUCAAGCAAAACUGCUGCCAAACUCUCAACCAGUGCCAAGAGGAUUCAGAAGGAACUUGCCGAGAUCACACUAGACCCACCACCAAACUGCAGUGCCGGUCCAAAAGGAGACAACAUCUACGAGUGGAGGUCAACGAUUUUGGGACCACCUGGGUCUGUCUAUGAAGGGGGGGUCUUUUUCCUCGACAUCGCCUUCACGCCAGAUUACCCAUUCAAACCACCUAAAGUAACGUUUCGUACAAGGAUCUAUCACUGUAACAUAAACAGUCAGGGAGUGAUCUGCCUGGACAUCCUAAAGGACAACUGGAGCCCGGCUCUAACUAUCUCCAAGGUCCUGCUGUCUAUCUGCUCCCUCCUCACAGACUGUAACCCAGCUGACCCUCUGGUUGGGAGCAUCGCCACGCAGUACUUGACAAACAGAACAGAACAUGAUAGAAUAGCCAAACAGUGGACGAAAAGAUACGCCACAUAA